GAACUCUCCGCUGCGAGCGAAGUGCUCCUUGGGAUUUGUAGUUCUAGAGGUUUUCGUUGCGUUCAACGAAUAGGUAGGGAACUACUUCUCCCGGCAGCCUUUGCCCGCGCGACAGCUUCUCCGAGACUUCGUCAUCAGGGUGCUCCGUAGUCGUGAGAAAAGCGUGUCUCGUACCUCUCGUUUUCCGAGGAUUAUCAUGCCGAAAGUAAAGACGAAGCCCCAUUCCCGGCAACUACGCCGAGAAGGAAAAGGUCUCGGAGCAGGUAUCCGUUUCAACACUGGACUCGGCCAGCAUAUUUUAAAAAAUCCCCUCAUUGUUAACAGCAUUAUAGAAAAGGCUGGCUUAUACCCUACAGAUGUUGUUCUAGAAGUUGGUCCUGGCACUGGCAACAUGACAGUGAAAAUGUUAGAAAAGGUCAUUGCUUGUGAGCUUGAUCUAAAGCUUGCUGGUGAACUACAGAAGAGAGUCCAGGGCACGCCAUUGGCUAACAAACUGGAAAUAAAGAUCGGAGAUGUCUUGAAAAGUGAUCUACCUUUUUUUGAUGCCUGUGUUGCUAACUUACCAUAUCAAAUUUCUUCACCUUUUGUUUUUAAGCUGUUGCUGCAUCGGCCUUUCUUCAGGUGCGCAGUGCUUAUGUUUCAGAGAGAAUUUGCUCUUCGCUUGGUCGCAAAACCUGGCUCCCCACUAUACUGCAGGCUCUCUGUUAAUACUCAGUUACUAGCCCGUGUUGAUCAUCUGAUGAAAGUUGGAAAGAACAACUUUAAGCCACCACCCAAAGUUGAAUCCAGUGUUGUGAGGAUAGAACCAAAGAACCCUCCUCCACCAGUCAACUUUCAGGAAUGGGAUGGUCUAUUAAGAAUAGUCUUCGUCAGGAAAAACAAGACUCUCGCAGCAGUUUUUAAUUCAAAUGCUGUGAAGCAGCUGCUGGAACAGAAUUACCGAAUACACUGUUCACAAAAUAACUUGGAAAUUCCUGAAGAUUUCAAUAUUGGAACUCUAGUACAGGGAAUCCUAAAAGACACCGGAUACUCAGAAAAACGUGCACGCGUGAUGGAUAUCGACGAUUUCAUCAGUGUUCUCCAUGGCUUCAAUGCAAAAGGCAUCCAUUUCUCCUGAAGAAAAUACGAUGGAAGAACGUGAACUACAUAAAGCGUUUCACUCAUGAUGCACAUCCAGCUUCUUCAAACUAUACACAAUUGUGUGAAAUAUGAAAAAAAAAAAGAGUGGUUCUGUUUUUACAAAUGAAAUCCGAGGUUCUUUUUCUUUUUAGUGAAAAACCAUAGCUAGGUCAAAUUCUGUAAAUAGGUUCUGGAGCACAAAAGCUAGUCCUAAUUAUAUCUAGCUCUCUGCUCCUUUAGUUCGCUGGGAGAACUGUGAUGCAGAGUAUAAUUGUGCUAGCCUUUUGAAAAGCCCCUGAGUCUCUUGGUACACUGUCUAGGUGCCAGCUGGUACCUGUUCCCAGCAAAAGCCAACACAUUCCAUUUUUUGGUCUGUCACGCUAAAUUUGUCGGGGAGGUAUUUUCCUACUUGCCAAACCUGAUCUUUAGGGAUUUUGCCGGUCCUUUGGUUGUGUUCCUGUAGUCAUACAUAUAACAACUUGAUACAAAACUUUCAAAUUGUUUCUUGUAUUUAAUCAGUACUUUACAUUUUCAUGGACUGAACAUUUUCAUGGAUUGAACAAGUGAGUGAAAGACAAUUCAUCCAAGGUGCAGUAGCUAUUAAGAAAGGCACGUACCAUGCCAUGAAAGAAGUGGAAAAUACAGCAAAUAUUGUAAUGGCCCUAAUACAAAUCCAAACUAUGCCUGGAA